AUGACUGUUCCAUCCUCGUCGCCUCACGAUGUACGCAAGAAAUGGAAGCUGCGUGAUGCAACCUACUUGAGUCAGCUUGACCUUAGUCAACCUCCCCGAAGGGACGCAACACUGCAGGAUACUGAUGAGAUUAGCAAAUUGCGAUCCAGUUCAACGACAGGAAAUCAUACAUCGACAAUUUUGCAACGCUCGGCAAGGUCAAAAAGCGCUGGUGUUCAGCUACCACGAUUCACCAAAGCCCAUACCUGUAAGAAGAAGAACAAAGAGUCAAAAGCAAUACAGGCGGCACAACAAUCAGUCAGUACAUGCAAGGCACAAAUAGCAUGGCGAGAAGGCCUCAUGCGUACCUCGAAUCAUAUUCCCGUCAAUCUGGUCAAUAUUGAUAUCGACCUCGCGAGUGAAGCAAUUCCUGAACUUCCGCACUGCUCGGCGCUGCUUCAGUUAGGUUUUCUUGGCUUUGACCAACAGUUGCAUAUCGCAUAUUUGUCUCUCCCUUACGCAGUUCUUACGGAUAUGCAUGAGCUUGAUAAAUUUGCGUUGGCUGUAUGUGAACGAAAGCUGCGCUCACUUGGUAUCUUGGAUGAUUGCAGAAUCCAUGGAUAUGAAGUUCUAUACCACAACGGUUUUACUUGGGCCAAAGGUAGAGUCAGACCAGGUGCUCCUACUCUCAUUAGGUCGAAUCAAGCGAUGCUUGAAUGGGCGCGUCAGAAUCUGGACACGAAAACACACUGGGCAAAGUCGAUCACCAUUCGACUCGUCAAGAAAGACGGUACCCCCUCCAGCCCCUCGUAUCGCACCGAAGAAGAGCGAACCUUGGUUGGGAAUGUUACAGCACCACCAACCACAAUCGUCAAAACUCGUCACAAGAGUUUGUCAGAAAUCGAAGCUGGUGCCUAUAGUAGAGCUAUCUUCACCAUCCUAUUCCAUACGAAGGAUCCGGCGGCGACCAAGCGCAAGAGAGAAGCACGAAUCCAGCUUGUUCAGGCUCAGAAGCAGCAGAGAAUUGUCGACGAGGUAGCAGAGGCCUUUGCAAACAUUAACUUUGGUCAUCCGUCACUCGAUCCCAUUCCCAAAUCCAGCGUGGGUGGCCCUCCCGCAUCUAGCGAGCGGCGAACAAUUUCUGCGCCUGCCAUAAGCUUUCCGAGUUCGACAGCAGUAAUCGAUGUCGACAUGGAUUGA